UUCUUCUCAACCACUGAGAAGACUGCUUCCACACUUUAUCAUUUUAUUAGUUCAAAGCAGCUUGUCCACAUCUUUUGGAAGACUCAGGAAAUAAAAGAGUUGGGUUCUGUUUGAGGUGGAGAUGCUUCACUUUCAGUUUCAGGUGUUUUUUGUAGUUUUUUGUUCAUCUGUGCUGCUGGUGGAGGUGAGCAGUGCUCCACAUCCAGACAUGCUGACAGAAACACUGAGGGAAAACCUCACAGAUGACAAGGAUCUUGCUUCGUUGUUCUUGCUGAAGUUUAUGUCUGAACUGAUGGCAGCCAGAGGAAGUGAGACACUCCCCGAGCCAGAGGAGGUGCUGGGAGUCAGAGAGGAGGUGAUGAGGCGGCAUAUUCCCCUCUCCCACAGAGAGCGCAAAGCAGGCUGCCGAAACUUCUUCUGGAAAACAUUCACCUCGUGUUAAACACAGGAGCGACUUUAUUCUUGGAUGAUGAAUUCUUCCAUGUUUGCUCAUUGUGUUGUAACUGGAUGUUCCCCCCAAAGACCAAUAGACAGGUUUAGACAGUCAUAAAGAG